AUGGACAGUGGCUUAGAGUAUCUAGAGGCUGGAUUCGAUCCGAAUUCAGUGAAAAUGGCAGCUUUAAGGAGGAUAUUGGUUGAAAACAAUGUGGAAUUUCCAUCUAAUGCCAGGAAGAACGCCCUGGUGGAGCUGUUUGACGAGAAGAUUAGACCACAGGUCCCACAGUUACGGAAGAUGUAUUUGAACAUUCAACCCAGUGACGAAGGUAUCGUGAAGAUGGACCAUCCUUCCUCUUCCUCCUCUACUUCUUCUCGCGGUAGCAGACGGACCCGUAGGGAGAAGUCUGCUUCUCCCUUAGCUAAACAGUUCAAAAAAAAUAGAAUAUUGGAUGAUGUCAGUAAUGAUGAAGAUGACGAUGAAGAAGAGAAAAAUAAUCCCUUAAUUAUAUAUAGUGGAUCGGAUAAUGAGAAGGAGGAAGCGUCUUUGUCUGACUCCAGCAAGUCCGAAACCAACGACUUCCAGAAGAAUUUCAACACUAAUAGUCGGAAAAGGAAAGGCCUCGAUUCCGAUACCGGCUCCGAGGUAACUUCAAAGGAUAGUAGAAAUCAUGACGAGAAGAGUGAGCCCUUCAAUAUCUCAUCAUCCGACUCAGAGAUAGGACACGUUCUUCAAAAAGUGAAAAAGCGGAAGACAAAUCUUUUGAAUCUUCAAGAGCAUGGAAACGGCUCCGCCAUUUUAGGAAAGCUUUCUGUCAAGACUCCCAUGCAGAACACAAAUAGUAAACCAGUAAGUUUGGACAACUUUGACGAUUCGAUGACUUCUAGUGGCACAGAAAAUGAUCCAUUUGUAGCAAGCAUACAGCCUAACGGAAAUGAGGUUGAAGCCGAUAAAGGAAUGGGACAGGGUAGCCCGCUAAGUAAACUAAAAGUCUCUGCUUCAUUUGCUAAUAGAUUACCGCAAAAGGAGGAACCAACAACAAGGCUGGCUCCGGAAUUGGAGCAACCAAGCCCGUUGCAGGAUGAAAAAGCGCCUUCUCUGUUUUCAUCUGAGGAAUCAAGCUCAGAGGCCGAACAACCAUUGAUUCCAAAGAUAAGCACGCCGGACCCUGAUGAGACAAUGGAAAAUACCGGCCAAAACGUUGUGGAGAUGAUAGGAACUGACGAUAGUGAAUCGGUAUCGGAUGAAGAUGAAAUCCUAGUACCUACAAGGAUCGAGACUCCUCAAUUGCCCACAACGAAAGACGUUGAAAAGAGUGAAGCAAGAGUGCAAGAGCUCCAGGAGGAAAUUAAUGAACAACUGGAGAGUGAGAGCGAAGAAGACGCUGAUACAAAGCAGGAGAAGGAGGGUGCAACGAUCCAGAGGAGCGCGCCAAAAAAGCACAAAUGCAAGAGUUUUUUUAAGUUUUUAGGUAAAUCUCUGCUAGCAUCCAUUCUAUUCGGAAUAUUCAUACUCAUCCCUCUCUUUUUCGGUCUUUGGUAUAGAGAGCAGAGAUUGUUAGUGGGAUAUUGCGGCCACGAAGUGCCAACACAUCGAGUGAAUGAGGAGUCUCCUGAGUUCAUUCAAAAAUUGAAUAUCUGGUUACAGGAUUACAAACCCAAAUGUAUUCCUUGUCCACCAAAUGGCAUUUGUUAUCCUUAUCUGAAACUGAAGUGCAAACCAGACUAUAAGUUGGUACCUUCCAAACUUGACUUUCUGGAAAUUAUACCAGCCCAAGGUCAAUGUGUCAAAGAUGACAAAAAACAACAGCUAGUUUCCGAAGUGGUGGAAAAAUCGUUGGAGUUUCUAAGGGCCAAAAACGCACAAAUUUCCUGUGGUGAGGGGAAGGACGACAUCGAGAGUGGUAUGACAGAGGAUGACUUGUAUCAAAUAUUCAAUGAAGCGAGAGCUCCCUGGAUUCGAGAUGAUGAGUUUGAGGACCUAUGGGUUCAAGUUAUCAAAGAUUUAACUGAAGAACCAGAAAUAAUAUGGAGGCAAUUAUCACCCAACGACAACAUCACUGGUGGAAGUUCCGACAACCUCAUUGAAAGCAAUGACGUUCAGAGAAAGAAGAGAUAUAUUUCAGAAAAAUCCGUCCCCCACAAGACGAGGAAUUUUCGGUCGACAUCCAAGAAAUACAUUGGAAUGAAAUGUCAAUUUGAGAGGGAAAUUUACCAAACGUACAAAAGGUUCCAAAGGCCAAUUUGGCUGGUGCUUUUACUAAUUACCAUUAGCAAAGUAAUUGAGACCAAAUUAAAGAGGUAUUAUAGGAAAAAAGCCAAAAUCGAAGAGCUCGUUACUCAAACCAUGGAGAAAUUGAAGUUUCAAAAAAUCAAAUCCAUGUCAGAUCCGGAGAAAAAUGCUUAUUUGAGCAUAGUCCAGUUACGCGAUAUCUUUCUUUCGGAUGUUGUGGACCUGAAGUAUAAGAAUCACUUAUGGUCACAAGUGGUAAGGUAUUUAGAGCAUAAUAAUAGUAAUAUAAAAUCCAAUUUGGUUGAAAUUCGUGGUGAAAUAAUGAAAUGCUGGGAAUGGAUAGGCCCAUUGGAACUAAAUGAAUCUGAUGAUCCAGUUACAAACAAAGUUGAAACGAAAUCUUGA